AUGGCCUUCCUCUGGCUUCUCUCCUGCUUCGCCCUGCUGGGAACCACUUUUGGCUGUGGUGUCUCUUCUGUUCGCCCUGAAGGGGUCGGCAUAAGCAGGAUCAUCAAUGGGAAGGACGCUCUCCCUGGUGCCUGGCCUUGGCAGGUGUCCCUACAGGAUCCCGCUGGCUGGCAUUUAUGUGGGGGCUCCCUGAUUAGUGAGAACUGGGUGCUCACUGCUGCCCACUGCCAGAUCAGCCCCACCUCCCUGGUUGUGGCUGGGAUCACUGACCUGAGCUCAGAUAAGAAGAAUGCCCAGGUCCUGAAGGUUGCCCAGGUGUUCAGGAAACCUGCAGAUCACUCAAAAUUCAAUGACAUUGCCCUGGUGAAGCUGGCCACGCCCGCCAACUUCACUGGCAUGGUGUCUCCCGUGUGCCUGCCCAAAGCCGCGGGUGAAUUCCCAGCGGGGACCAUGUGCUGCACCACAGGCUGGGGCCGUUCCAACAGAAAGACCUCGAAGCUGCAGCAGGCCUACAUGCCGCUCCUGUCCCACGAGCAGUGUCUCAAGUACUGGGGAAAUAUCAGUAAAAAGAUUAUCUGUGCCGGGGCCAACGGCGUCUCCGUCUGCAGUGGCGACUCUGGCGGCCCCCUGGUCUGCCAGAAGAAUGGAAUCUGGACCCUGGUGGGUGUCACCAGUAUGGCAGCUAGUGGCUGCAAAACCAACUUGCCUAACAUGUUUGCCUAUGUCAAUGAAUUCAUGCCCUGGAUUCAAGAGACCAUGGAAAAAAACUGA